GCUGUUUUUAGGUGUGAGAUGAGAUAGGGUGUAUUGGCUUGUUUCCCCAGAAAGAGACGGUGAACGCCGCUGUUUAGACUAUUACUGCUUCUGUGGUAUUUUCCCUUCUUAUGCAAAGCUCUUCGCUGGGUAAAAUCAACAGUUAUCCAAAGCGGCCUCUGUCGAGCUGUCAAAUGACUGUUAAGCGGAACUACCAGCAUUAAACCAGUGUGUUGUAGGUUUACACUCGCGUUUUUCCUCGCUUUGGACAUUUUUUUUUUUUUUUUCAAUUUUACUGGUUGCACAAUACGCUGCGUGUCCGUAUUCCUCUCGUUUCUAUUAAAUAUAAAUGAAAGCCCGCCCUUAUGCUAGCAUCAACUGGUUGCGUGACGGCGCGCGCUCCUGCAAUUUUGUUUCCUUUGCAUCACGAGCGCAUUUUAGCGUUCGGCUUUUGUGCUUUGCUAGAGAUGAGCGAACGUUAAUUUCGCGCUACUUGUCAAUAUGAUGUAACCUCUGGCUUCCUGUCUACGGUUGACAAUCAGUGUUUGAAGUGGAGUUUGAAGGUGUCAGCUGCUGGUCUGUGUGUGUGGAGUGGGUGUGUGAGAGUGGGUGCGUGCGUGAUUGUGUGUGUUUAUAGCAAAGCGUGGCCUGAGCACAUCUCACAGGGACAAUGAGCGAGCUGGAACAGUUACGGCUGGAAGCCGAGCAACUACGCAAUCAGAUCCGGGAUGCCAGGAAAGCCUGCUGCGACUCCACACUGUCUCAGAUCACAGCUGGUCUGGACUCAGUGGGCCGAAUACAGAUGCGGACACGGCGCACUCUCAGGGGCCACCUGGCCAAGAUCUAUGCAAUGCACUGGGGGAGCGAUUCCAGAUUACUUGUCAGUGCCUCCCAGGAUGGGAAGUUAAUCAUUUGGGACAGCUACACAACAAACAAGAUGCAUGCCAUCCCGCUGCGCUCCUCCUGGGUGAUGACAUGCGCAUACGCCCCUUCUGGGAAUUAUGUGGCCUGCGGGGGUCUGGACAACAUCUGCUCCAUAUACAGCCUGAAAACCCGGGAGGGCAACGUACGUGUCACUCGAGAGCUACCUGGACACACAGGUUAUCUGUCCUGCUGUCGCUUCUUGGACGACAACCAGAUCCUGACUAGCUCUGGAGACACCACCUGUGCACUCUGGGACAUAGAAACAGGCCAGCAAGCCACCAGCUUCACCGGCCACACGGGUGAUGUGAUGAGCCUGUCCCUGAGCCCAGACUUCAAGACCUUCGUGUCCGGAGCCUGUGACGCCACCUCCAAGCUGUGGGACGUCCGCGACGGCAUGUGCAGACAAUCUUUCACCGGACACGUUUCUGACAUCAACGCCGUCUGCUUUUUCCCCAAUGGAAACGCGUUUGGCACCGGCUCAGAUGACGCCACCUGCCGGCUGUUUGACCUGCGCGCCGACCAGGAGCUGAUGGUGUACAGUCACGAUAACAUCAUCUGUGGCAUCACCUCUGUGGCCUUUUCGAAGAGCGGCCGCCUCCUCCUGGCAGGUUACGAUGACUUUAACUGCAACGUCUGGGACACUCUGAAAGGAGAUCGUGCAGGCGUUCUGGCGGGCCACGACAACAGAGUGAGCUGCUUAGGAGUGACGUCAGACGGCAUGGCUGUAGCCACCGGAUCCUGGGACAGUUUCCUCCGGAUCUGGAACUAAACCAUCCUCUCCGGCCGGAUUUAUUCAAUCACUGCCCGCCACCUUACAUUUGCAGUCCCGCCCUUUUGUAUUCCAACUCAUCUGCCUGGGGAGGGAGGGAGGGGAAGGGAAGGGAAGGGGAGGGGGGUGCUCGGCCAACUAAGGGGUGCACUUUGUGUCGACUUUUUAACCAGCUGUCUUCGUUGCUGGUGACCUACCCACCUGUGAGAACAAUUUUUACUUCCUUUUCUUUUUUUUUUUCUUUUUUUAAUUUUCAGGCAACCAAAAUUAAAAACCGUUCCGUGGAGUUGUCCAAUCAGAAUUAAAGAAAGCAUAGAAUAUUUGGAAAAAGCUGAAGUAGAAUUUUUUUUUUUCUUUUCUGGGGGGCCAAAAAAGUGCAUCUCUUGUCAUUAGUAACAAACAGAAUUAUUGUGAGUGUAUAAAAUAAAUGUAUAUAUAAAAGACGGUAUAUAUGUAUAGCAUUAUGUGUGUAUGUAUGCAUCCUAUAUGCAUAUAUAAUGUGUUAUGUAUAUAUUUUUGUAGUUUACGUUACAGGUUUUUUUUUUCUUUAAUAAUUUUACUUUAAAAAAAAAUCAUAUUUACACCAACUCAAUUUAAUUAGAUUGGAAUAAGAUUAAAGAUUAAUAAAAUAUUAAAAGUUUAGGAUAAAUGUUCAAAAACAAUAUUUUAAAGAUUUUAAUUUGGCCUAAAUUUUUUUUUUUAAUUUGUUGUUUUAAGAUAUGGCAGUGGGUAACUUUUUUCUUUCUUUUUAAUGCUUUCACUCCCCAUCAUUUUUCACCACAUGCUCUUAUUUUGAAAGGAUUCUGUUUUCACUGGAUUCAGCUUUCCAAAGUAAAAAAGAAAAACAAAAAAAAUCAAAGUGUAGGAGAUUGAGGACUUUUAAUUUUUUUUUUUUUUGAGAGAGAAUGCUUUGGCUUCGACUAAUGCGGGCCAAGGUAUCAAAUCAUCAGAUAUCAGAGGACUGCUUCCAUUCCGUCAUAUCGUCUGCAGUGUGGUAUGGCUGUGAAGAGCUGAGUUUAUCCCUACUUCCUGUGGCCUAAAGAUGUUUUUUUUUUUUUUUUUCUUCUCAAAGUUGAGAUGAACUCCUCCUGUUGCCCUAGAUGGAAACUGUAGAAGGGCAACAUUACGUGACGCAGAGGCUUUUCCCGCCAUUGGACUGUGCAAUAGUGGAAGCCAGAAGGAGCGGGAGCGAGUCUUUUAAAAGUCCUCACGUCAGGACCAGAGUGGAUAUGUCUGCAUCUCCUGAGGACAUGAAAGAAGAUGAUGUCCCCUUUUUUUUUAUUUUUACAAUUUUUUUCCCUUCAAUGAAGAAUCAAUGGGUUGUUGUUGUUGUCAGUGUGUAAAAUGAGUGACUGUGCUCCCAAAAUCACACUAGAACCAACAUAGGUCUGUUUAAAAAAAAAAAAGAAGGAAAAAAAAAUUAACACUGUAAUUUUUUCUCACCAAAACACAUUUUAAACUGUUAUUUCUAGUGAAGAGAGUUCACCCUGUAGACAGAAUGUACACUUAGAGAACUAGAAUUGCACUCAGACAGUAGUACAAAACAAAAGAAACUUUAGAAAUGAUAUUUCUGGUUAAGAAUGUUCAUCUUUUUUUUAUUUUUACUCCUCAAAAGGCUUACAUCCACACAUUCAUUACAUGUAAGUUGGACCUAUUCAUCAGCUGUCCCAGGUGCCUAAGAACACAUGUUUGAGCCCCCCUGCACUGUAGGAAGGACAGUUUUUGCAUCGUUAUGAUGUGGCAGCGCCUCUGCCUUACAUUAUCCUUCAUAAGAAAAGCUCAUUUUGCCAUAAAUGACGGAUCAAUAGUGGGUUUCUUUUUUCCAGAUCGAAGCACAUUCUGAUGUACACUAAGCCAACAAACAUCCAAACUGCUUCACAUUUAUGGAAUUCUAUUUCUAUGUAAUAUUUUCUGUUUUUUAAUGUCCUUUUUUUCCUUGGCUUUAAUAACAAAUCCAUCCCGAGAGAGUUACUAAAAAUAGCAGUGAUAGUAUUUAGCCUGAGAAUAUCUGCUGUGUGUGGGAUGUGAUACGUCUCAUCCUCAUUUGUGCCAAUGUUAUCUGCAGGCUGUGAACUGAAAACUUGUCAAAAAAAACUGCUUGUGUUUUUCAAGUGCCAAUCUUCUCCGUGUUCAGAAAACGGCCUCGUUUGCGUUUCAGUCUGGAGCUGACGUGUUGCCCAAACAAAAACUGUGGUUUUCCUUCCCGGUCCUGAUCCCGGCAGCACUUGCUCCAUACGUUUCCUCUUUCAGUGGGAUGUUCGUGUCCCGACAAGUUCAUGCAUUUACGUCCUGAUGGAAAAUUCACACAAAUUUCCUGAAAUGAGCAAAAAAAUCAUUUUUUUCUGUGGCUUGCUUUGCAUCCCAUCAUAAAUUUGACUAUUAAAAAGUUUCCUAAACUUUUUUUUUCUCAAUUUUGUAUUAGAACUUUCUAUUUAUCAAUUCAGAAUGCUGAAAAACUCAAUUAAAAUACCCUUGAAAACGUACAUUUCGAUUAAAUUUGUGCUUUAAAAUAAAAUUUGAAUUGAGUCGCUGCCUAUUUUAGCCGUUAAAACUUUGUCAUCUGCACACGUUGGAAAUUCCCAUGUUGCGUUAAUUGUCUGAUUCAAGAAAAAAAAAUUCAGAAAUUCCUUUGUUUCAUCAGUAACUCCACCUAUUUCAAAACAUAUCUUGCCAAUUAAUUUUUUUCCCAUCUAGCUUUGCAAUUUUAUCCUUUGAAACAGUGAAAUGUUCCAGAUUUUUUUCUUCCUAAAAUGUUCCAGCUUCCAUGUUUCCAGAGCUUUGUGGAUCACCCACGAAACACCACAGUCCUUAAGCGAUGAGGAGAGAGGGAGAAGGGGACGCUCUGCGUUAGACAGUGAUGUUUAGCAGGCAAACAUGUUGUUGCUCUGUGUAAAUCAGCCGCUGGAGCCUGGAAUAGAAACACGUGUGCCUGUGCAGUUCACUCACGCAACUAGUGCAGUAAACUCUAAAAUCAAAGAGAGGUGCUUGACUUCAUUUUACUUCACGUUGUUGCUCUCUUUCUUCCUUUUUUGUCUAAAAUCAAUCAGAUGAAUGGAUUUUUACUAUCGGUAUUGGUGGUGUCGUGUAUCGAUCAGCGCUGAGAGCGGUCACUGCUUGGCAGUUUAUGGUGACUUUCUCCAUGGAGUUCAACCUCGCCAUAAAUCGCAUGGCUGCCAUCACAGACCUGCAGUCUCUUGCCUCUUACAACCUGUUCUUUUAUCAUUUUUUAAUGUCUUUUAGCCAGUAAAGAGACCAGGGACUUUGGUGCCAUAUAAUUCUUUUACAGUGCUAUUGUGUGAAAUUAUAAUCACUUGUUAUGGAAUAAUUUUUAUAGUCUUUUUCACACCAAACCCUUUUUUUGUAUUUGUACAGUGGCUUGGUGAUACUGGUAUGUUGCCAUGAGUUAUUGUGACCAAUAAA